AUGUUAAUACUGGCUCGACAGCGGGAAAGCUAUGCCUUUGGAAUGAUAGUUGGGAUCGCUAUGUUAGUCUGUUUUAGCACAAUUCUUUAA